UUCAGUCUUCGACUGACUUUUGUUGUGAUCAGACCUUUUUCCGAGAGGCGUUCGUUCCCCUGGAAAGUCCUCUCUCUCGCGGCCAAUCGAUUUUGGCAAGAGGCAAAAGAAAGAAAAGCAAAAAAAAAGUGUGUGUGCCGUGCAAGUGGAAAAAGAAAGAUUCCUGCCGUAAAGCGAGGCUGCUAAUUUCCUUCCCCGUGCGUUCCUUUUGGUCUCCGUUUCGUUUCGCGUUUUUUUCUUUUUCGUUUGUCCUUGUCCGGAACUUUUCGGUUCAUUUUGCCCUUUCCCGUACCGCCCUUGGUUGAAAAGGGUGCAAAAAUUGCAAUUUCCCCAAAAGGUGGAAGAAAAUUCGCGUUUUUUUUGUUUCGUGUUCGCAAGUUGCGUCCCUUUGUCCGGAGGUAGCACUUUGUCUAGUUUCCGAUACCCCCGGGUAAUCAUAGCAGCCCUCACGGUGGCCACAGCCUAAGAAGCAUGGCGGAGAAUGAAGAUAUGAGUAACAGUAGUAGUAAUAGUAGUAACAGCAGCAGCAGAGAAGACAUGCACUUCUUCGAGGGCGUCGAGAAGCUGCUGGAGAUCUGGUUCGAGCCCAAUCCAUCCAACAAGGGUGCCGACCUGCGGAAGAUCCCCAGACCGAUGUGGGAAGCACUGCUGAAGACGGUCCGCUGCGAGAUCAUCAGUUUCACCCGAAAUGAACAGAUUGACGCGUAUGUUUUGAGCGAGAGCAGCAUGUUCGUGUCCAAGCGCCGCUGGAUCCUGAAGACGUGCGGCUCGACGACGACGCUGGCCUGUCUGGAACCGCUGCUACGUCUCGCGUCCGAGAUCGCCGGCUACGGCGAGAUCGAGGAGCUGUUUUACUCGCGCAAGAACUUCAAGCGGCCCGAACUGCAGGUGUCCCCCCAUCGGGGCUUCGACGAGGAAGUGGCCUUCCUGGACUCGUUCUUUGAGGAUGGACGCGCGUACAGCCUGGGCGCGAUCAACCGUGACUGCUGGCAUCUCUACACGUUGAGCCGCGGGGGAGGGGGCUCCGGCAAGCUGGAGCAGCAAUUCCUGGCCUCCAACAACAUCAGCAUGAACAACGCCAACGCCAACAACAUGAUCACAACAAACAACAAGCAACAACAACAACAGCAUCAACAAGUCGUCGAGAUGACUCCGUCGGCCAAAAUGAAUCUGAUUGAAUCUCUGCAGUUACCUGACCCGGAUCAAACCAUCGAGAUACUGAUGACCGAUCUGGACCCGAAAGUGAUGGCUGUGUUCACCAAAGACGUCUGUAGCACGGCACUCGAGGCAACGCAGAAAUCCGGCAUCCACAAGCUGAUCCCCGGCAUGGUAAUUGAUGAUUAUCUCUUCGAUCCGUGCGGUUACUCGAUGAAUGGAGUCUCCAAGAGUUGUGGAAAAAAGUAUAAAGAGGGAUGCUACAUGACGAUCCACAUCACGCCGGAGCCGGACUUUUCGUACGUGAGCUUCGAGAGCAACGUGGCCUCGUCGAGCUACGGCGACUUGAUUGCACGUGUGAUUGAUACCUUCCAACCUGGCAAAUUUAUCGUGACCGUUUUCGCUAACAAGACAUCAUCCGCCGCUAACGUUUCUCGCGAGCUCGAGCACCUGGCCACCAUCGACCAGUGGAAGCGUCGUGACAUUCAAUUUUCGCGCUUUGCCAGCUACGACCUGACUUACGCGCAGUACUGCAAAUACCCAAGCUGAGGUUUACCGUGCCUAGCCCUCGAAGGGGCUAACAUCCCUCCUCCCCCGGUUUCCCGUCCUGCUCCUCCUCCUCCUUCCGUUGCCUCCGAGAAAGUGUCCUCCCCCUUCAUCACGCGUCCCUCCCCGUUCGCCUGUCUGGCCUCUUCGGUGGCUCUGUUCCGUCUGUUCCUCAACUUGUUCCCGGUGCUCACCUCGCUCAACUUCGCCAAGGGCUUCUCCCUGUGCGAUGUCACCGACGGUGGUGAAUUCAACAACAACAACAACAACAGCUGCAAAAGAAACAUCAACGAGAUUGGAUUGCUACUGGCUGACGAUUCGGACAAGGCAGCGGCCAACGGCUGUUUUCAGCGCAAGAGCGAUGACAAGAACGACAACUUGGCGAAUCUGUGCGGUCCGCUGAAGAAACUGCUCGACCUGCCGGCCGUCCUGUUCACCAUCAUACUGAUCCAGCUGAUUUCGUUCGUGCUCGUGCUGAACAUUGAGGAGUGCUCGCCGCUAGUUUUAUUCUCCUGGUGGCGCAACAAAAUCUCCUGAAAUUGACUACCACGUGGCAAACGAGCGGCGAGCCUGUGCUUCCUUCCGUUCUGAUGCCUUUCCUGAUUUUCGCUUUUGCCGUUAUUAUGAUUACGUUGAUAAUAACAAAUUACCGAUCAUCGAGCGUAGUUUGCGCUCCUCCGCUUCGCCACCGCCAGUCGUGUCGUGGCACGAAGCAUCUCCUCCUAGUGAUGAGUUUCUCCGUCGAGUCUGCGGCGGCGGCGGCCAACCGUUCAUCGCUGGCCAGCAGCUGAUCGUGGUCAGCGUUAUUAUCGUUGCAGUGACUGUAUGCGAUUUGCGUACACGAAUUUUACCCAUCUUCCCAACCAAAACAACUUCUUCGUUCAACGGCAACAACACCGGGCCACCACGACGAAGCAGCAUCCGUGCUGAGGAUCGCGGAGCAACAAAACCAAGACAAGCAAUUAUUUACAAAACCAACCAACAUUGCCGGUGGACUGCACUUUAUUCUCUCGGUCAGUUUCUCUACAGCCAGCAGAAGCUAAACCAUGUCGUAGUCGUCGUUCAGUGUAACCAGCACCACCGAGAGAUGCGCCACCGAGGUCGCACUCUAUUUAGCGUCAUACCACUAGUAUACAAGAUAAUCGCCAACCACAGUUACACCUAUCUACUCAGUGUCGUAGAUUCCAAACAGCGUACCGUUGGCAUCGUUAGGAUUGUCCACAGCAAGAAGAUUCUAGCCGAAUGCUUCAUAUUUGCCUAUCUAAUAUCAUUGGAUUUGUAUUCGUAGCAGAGACAAAGUUUUUGAAAUUCAACACACAAAGCAGAACAUUUUACUACAACAAACUCUAUUAUGAUAACCGAAACAAUUGAAUAAAGUAUUUUAAACAAAACAGACACAGAAAAAAACUAAACCCAUUUCCCAUUUCCCCGAUUCCUUCAACACAUCCCCGAGGGCGAAACCACCUCCCCCUCACAUGAUAAAUGAUUGCGUCAAAGUUGACGCGCAUAAAUGAUGAUUAAAAUGAAUGAAUUUCCAAGACAAAUUUAAUGUUAAAAAUAUCCUAAACUAAACACAUAUAAAAACAUGAGAAAAAAAAUUGCAAGAUAAACAUGAAAAAAAAAAACAAAAAAAAAUAUUUUAGUGUAUUUAACGUUCACAACCGGAAAUGCGAUAUGAAAAUGUGAGGGUCUAAAAUGAUUGAACUUAGCAACACAAAGGUAGAACGCGAUUAAACGCGAAUGAGAAUGAGCGUAGGCAAGUUAAUGAAUUGGAGCAUAUAUAUAUUUAAAUUUUUAAACGAUAUUUCUCUCUGAGAUAAGCAAAGACAAACAAAUUAAGCAAUUCAACUGUUCUAUUGGUGACAAAAAUAAAAUAAAAUUAAAUAUAAAUUACACUUUAAUUGUAGACAAGUCGUUGCACAACACGCAGUGGAACACUGCGCUGUGAUCCCUUAACGUGAAAAAAUGCGCAAAGCGAUGCAAACUUUUUUACUUUUGCUAGGUCAGACUUAAUUCCGUGGCGUUCAAAUUAGGAUUGAUGAAGAACAAAUUGAAAAGUUAGCUUAGAAUGUUUUUCUUUCAAUUAUUUUAUAGUGGCAAUCAUUGGGGCUAUUUAGUUGGUAAUACAAGCUGGAUUUCAACCUGUGUUGAGGAAAGCAUUUCAAUUGGUUUACUUACCCCUUUUUCAAAAGUGGUUAAUUCCAUUUGCGUUUAAGGUUCCUUUUUUAUUGAUAUAAUAAAUUUAAUUAUCUUUGACUUAAAA